UUUUUUUUUUUCAUAUAUAUAAGCAAACAACUACAACUGUAGACGCCGCUGGCCGCCGUUUCUUUUUCAUUUCUACAUACCUUAUAUACAUACAUAUACACACACAGAGCACAAGUGAGAAAGAAAUCAUGAAGCUUUUCGAGACAGUUCACGACUACAACUACGAGUGGAGCCUUGUCUCUGCUGCCAAUUGGCGCAAGUACCCUAAUGAAAAUGCAACACAUGUAAAAUGCGUCGACAUUUUAAACCAGCACAUCGAUCCUGACACUGGCGUUCUGACUACAGAACGUCUCUUUACAGUCAAACAAAACGUACCGACCUUAAUCCUCAAGAUUCUUGGCUCGGAUACGACGCACUAUGUCCGAGAAGUCUCCACCAUCGACCCACGAACAAAAACAUUGACCAUGUGCAGCGUAAACCUGACCAUGUCCAACUUGCUGACCGUAGAAGAAACCAUCCGUUAUCAAGAGCAUCCUGAGGAUCCCUUAAAAACAAAGUUCACGCAACAAGCAGCCAUCUCUGCAGGUAGUCUGGUGUCACGAUGGGGCAACCUACUCGAGGACUUUACGCUCAAGCGGUUCCAGCAGAACGCAGCAACGGGCCGUGAAGGCUUCUCCAAGGUCCUGGAGCGGUUUGUGGUGAUGGCGGAAGCAGGGCAGCAGCAGCAGAAGGCGGUCCGUUCCGACAACGAAAACAACAACAACAGCAGCAGCAGCAACAGCAACAGCAACUAGAAAAGCACUAUAACAAGCAACCCCCCCCCUCCUCCCAGCAAAAAAAAAAAAAAAAAA